ACGCGCGGCCCCGCGGGCCGAGGUUCGGGGCUCCGGUGCGCGCUCCGGUCGGGCUUCGGGCUUGGCUCCCGGGGCGACGGCGAAUCGGGGGCCCAGACGGGACCCCUCUGGGUUUGCUCGGAAACGCUGUGUUUUGGGGGGUGGCGCUUAUUAGCUAGCGCUUGCCCUAGUUUAAAGCGUGAGGAAGGAGGGGGCUUCUGAGCCCUGCCUUUGGGAUUUUCUGGUCUGAAGAGACACACCGAUUGCAGCCGAGUUCGUGGCUCAGAUGCUCAGAUUUGUGGAGGUCGUGGCAUUUCUCGUGCUUGAUGUCAGAGGGGAUCCUGACCGUGGUCGUGGGGAGCCCCUGCAGCACCUGCUGGGCUGAUGGUGUCGUGGAGGCUGUGUCUGGGGGUGGGACCGGGAAAUGAAACGUGACUGAGAUCCUGUUUAGAUAUUCUGCUGAAGUUAUCGGGUUUCUUCGGUUCGAGUAUACCAGUUCUAGAACAAGUUGAUAAAUCCAGUUUUGAGACUUUGUGAGAGAAGAGAUUUGGGUGGCAAAUAGAUUUGGGAUCACCCCAAAGGCUAAGAAUGUGUUUGGGGUAGCCCAAAUAUCUACUCGUUCCCAUAUCCUCCUGGCAUGUUCAUUUUCUUCACUGCCACAAAUGCCCUAGCACGAGAAGGAUCCUGGAAUAAGAAGCUGAGCUAGCACAGGCCCGAGCCCCAGAUUGAGCUGUUUUCAAGUGAACAAACGUGUAACUAGGAAAAGAAUGUUUUUAUGAGCAGGGGUUGUUGACUCCUUUAGAUGUCGCUGAACUAGUUACUAUAAAAAGUAUUUCACUUUCAAACUCCCACGUUUCAAGAACAGAAACUCAGUACAAAGGCAAUUUUGAAGUUUUCCUGGAAGCUGGGCUCCUGAAAACGCAGCACUGGAACAGAUGGAUAAUGGAGACUGGGGCUAUAUGAUGACUGACCCAGUCACGUUAAAUGUAGGUGGACACUUGUAUACGACGUCUCUCACCACACUGACGCGUUAUCCAGAUUCCAUGCUUGGAGCUAUGUUUGGGGGGGACUUCCCCACAGCUCGAGACCCUCAAGGCAAUUACUUCAUUGAUCGAGAUGGACCUCUUUUCCGAUACGUCCUCAACUUCUUAAGAACUUCAGAAUUGACCUUACCCCUGGAUUUUAAGGAAUUUGAUCUGCUUCGGAAAGAAGCAGAUUUUUACCAGAUCGAGCCCUUGAUUCAAUGUCUCAACGACCCAAAGCCUUUGUAUCCUAUGGAUACUUUUGAAGAGGUUGUGGAGCUCUCUAGUACCCGGAAGCUUUCUAAGUACUCCAAUCCAGUGGCUGUUAUCAUAACUCAAUUAACCAUCACCACCAAGGUCCAUUCCUUACUAGAAGGCAUCUCAAAUUAUUUUACCAAAUGGAAUAAGCACAUGAUGGACACCAGAGACUGCCAGGUUUCCUUUACUUUUGGACCCUGUGAUUAUCACCAGGAAGUUUCUCUGCGGGUCCACCUCAUGGAAUACAUUACAAAACAAGGUUUCACGAUCCGCAACACUCGCGUGCAUCACAUGAGUGAGCGGGCCAAUGAGAACACAGUGGAGCACAACUGGACUUUCUGUAGAUUAGCCCGGAAGACGGAUGACUGAUCCCCAGCGCUGGAGAAGUUCCUGGAAACUGACUCUCCUGGAAAUGGAAGAGACUUUUUUUUUUUUUUUUUUAAAUCACAAUGUGGGCUUUUUUUUUUUUUUAAUAUUUGUAUUUAUUUGAAGGCAUUGAGAACUGAGAAGGAAGUUUUAUGCUUUAGCAGACUCUUCUAUGUUUUGUUUCCUUUACCCUGAGUAUGCAUGUGCCUGUUCUGAGUCUCCAGAUACCUUUUUUAUAAAAAGAAGUCUGAAAAUCAUUAUGGUAUAUAAUCUAUCCUUAACAGAGCUUUUUUUUUUWAUUACAGUGCUAAAAUGAUUUCUGAUAAAAUGGCCCCAAAUAACUAGAAGGCUAAAAAUACAGGAAUGAAAGAAAAAGCAGAAUACUCAUGAUGCCUUUGAAAAAAAAUCAAAUAUCAUGUAGGGUGACCUAGUUUCCAAACCAAUAAGCAGUAUUAAAAUAAAGGAAAACUGUUCCAAUCAUUUAAAGGUACUUAUUAAGUACGGCUUUUCACAGUUAUGACAACUGUUACUUUCUAUGCAUAUAAAUCAAGCAACCAAAUAUCUGUAGCCAUGGAAAUGUCUGACUAGAAAUAUUUAUAUUGGAUUCCGAAUACAAAAUGUCCCUGUGGUAGAAAUCUUAUUUCUUAUGCCUGGUGCAGUAUAAUUCCCAAGUGUUCUGUCUACCAGGAAAAAAAAAAAACCUAAUAAAAAAAUGAAAU